AUGAGAGAGAAAGCAGCCAUAGGGGAGUCUAAUCCAGCUCGUCGUCAGCUCCUGUAUUGCCGUGUUGGGAUUGGUUUCCACCUACAGAUUGUGAUGAAUGGCAGUGUUUGGGGCGUUCACGAGCCUUCUGAGUACAGCUUGCUGAGAGUGUUUGCUGUCAGGCCGGGCAUAGUGGGUAUCUGUGGUGUGAAGAGUGAACGAUAUUUGUGCAUGAAUCAGGAGGGAAUUGCACAUGGGAUGAAGAACUUCUCAAAUGAAUGCCUGUUUAAAGAGCACAUGGAGGAGAAUCAUUACAACACAUACUCCUCCCUAAGCACAGGAUUUUUCCUGGCUUUGUCGCAACAAGGGCAGCUGAGGAAAGGAAAAAAAGUGGGCCGGCACCAGGCAUGCACUCACUUCCUGCCUCGCAAACCCUUAUCUCAUUAA